CGGAGAGGAAGGAUGUGCGCUCCCGUCUCCUGAGCUGUUCCCAGUGUUACUCUUGAUAAUUCAUCUUUAACGCGUUGUUUGGCCAGCCAGCGAGUGUCUCGGAGGUCACCAAACACAAUCAAAAUAAAGUACAAAACAACAGUGACGGGAAGGGAAGGUGGAAGCCCCGGGGCACCUCCUCCUUCUCCUCUUCCUCUUCCUUCUCCUCGUCGUCCUCCUCCCCUUCGUGCUGCUGGUGGUGGUGGUGAUGGUGGUGGCGUCGACUACCUCUCCGUCAGGAAAUCUAAAAUAUUACUGAAAGAGGAACUGGUUUGUGGAGAAGUUGGAUUUUAAAGGAAGAAUUAAGCUAGACGUGAAGGAAAGAGUGACUUGAAUUGUGGGAAAAGUGGAUGUUUUAAAAGAUCUUGAAUUAGAGGAAGAGAGAACAUGGGAUUAAAUUUGUGGAGAAAGUAGAUGAUAAAGAAAGAAAUGUGUUAGAAAGGAGAAGAAAAGGGACAAAUUGGAAUAAAACUAGAAGAUAAAGAAGGAUUUUAAUUAGAAGCUAAGGAAAAAACUUAUUUUUUUGUGGAAAAGAAAGAAUAUCAAGAAGAAUUUCAAUUAGAAGUGGGGAAAUAACUUGAGAAAGAGGAAAACUUGAUUAGAAAUGGAAAAAAAUAUGACACUGAAGUGAUUACAGCCAUCAUCUUCCUAUCCUCAACAGUGAUUCCCUAUUAAACACGUGUCCUGUGACGUGGAGCUCCCUGAUUGGUCGAAAUUACUGUAGAAAACGAGUAGUGAAUCUCAACUGGUGCAUUUCUUUUCGAACCGAGUGACGUGUUAGCUUCGGAUUGGCCAGCUCUUCCAAAGCCAUUGACGUGGAGCUUCCUGAUUGGUGGGCGCCUGAACACUGAGGACGUGGCGUGCGAUGAUUGGCUGGUGAUGAGGGAGGCUGAAUGUUAUGAUUGGGCACCACCAUGAGUCUGACACCGCUGGACGAAGACACGUCAGAGGUGCAGGAGCCGGAGCGUCAGGGGGUGUGCGAUACGCUUCGGCACAGUGCCAAUUGGAAGUGCUUUAUUUUGACCCUGCUGAUCCUCGCCUGCCUCGCCGCCAUCGCCUGGUGCAGACUCACUCAGGUAACAAAGGUAUUCUUGGACUUCGAUACCUUCCCCAUCACCAUGACCCGUAAGCUGAGUGCCUGUGAGGACGGCUACCUGUACAUACCUGUCGCCUUCCUGGCCAUGCUUUACUUGGUGUACUUGCUCGAGUGCUUCCACUGCCCCACCAGGAUGCAGCUGACCCACACCACCCCAGCGUCCCACGUGGAGGCGAUGAUAGAAGCGAUGAGAGCAGCCCAGCCCGUCAUCUGGUGGAAGGCAAUGUGUUACCACUAUGUUAGGCGCUGCAGACACGUCACGCGAUACAGGAACGGAGACGCCUACACCAGCACACAGGUGUUUUACGAGCGGGUCAACUCUCAUUCCGUGGGUACCUGCUUCCUCUUCUCAAACUGCGGCGCCAAGGACAUCUCCAAGAAGCUGGUGAACCUCUCCAAGUACGCCUGCACCAAGAUAAGAAUCUCCAAAGGAUUUGCAUUUGCUAAUCUGGAAGCCGCGAAUGAAUUUGAGGAGCAGAGGGCGCGUUUUUUCCAGGCGAGUGAGAGGAGGGACGACUACAUGGAGAUGCGGGAGGGGCUGGAUCUCACUAACGUGGUCUUCCGGGAGUUCGUGAUCGCGCGGAGGGACAACAAGCGGCCCCCGUGGUAUGUGCGGCACGUGGUCUUCUGGAUCGCCUCGCUGCUGCUCCUGUCGUGGCCGCUGCGCUUCCUUAUUGAAUAUAACACCACUUACGUCCAUUAA